CGGCCGGCGGCGCACUUCCGCCCGCGCGCGUCGUGUCCCCGUGGACGGCUGGGCCUCGCUGCGGGCCUGCGCCUCCCUCGGCUCUUGCCGCGGGUCUCGGGGAGUGGGGUGACUAACUAAUUGAUCAGGGAAUUACUGAAGGAUGACAGCUAAUAACUACGGAAGGAAAGAGAGAAUAUCAGCUUGGCAACCCCUAAUGAAAUAAUUGGUCCUGGAAAUGAUCAUUAGUGGCUGUUAAUGUCAGAAAAAGAGAGACAGCCAGACAGUAUGUGCUCCCUGAUGGAAGUACCCAAUAAUACCACUUGUCAAGUAUUCUUAGACGAUGGGUGAGGGAUAAAGAUGAAACAGGAUUGACCGGUGGAAGAUGUCUAUGGAUGUGACAUUUCUGGGGACAGGCGCAGCAUACCCAUCCCCAACCCGGGGUGCCUCUGCUCUGGUCCUUCGGUGUGAAGGCGAGUGCUGGCUCUUUGACUGUGGGGAGGGAACCCAGACACAGCUUAUGAAAAGCCAACUUAAAGCAGGGAGAAUUACUAAGAUCUUCAUCACGCAUCUUCAUGGAGACCAUUUCUUUGGCCUUCCUGGCCUCCUCUGCACAAUCAGCCUACAGAGUGGCUCCAUGGUCACCAAACAGCCGAUCGAAAUCUAUGGCCCUGCGGGGCUUCGGGACUUUAUCUGGCAAACCAUGGAACUUUCUCACACGGAGUUGGUCUUCCCUUAUGUGGUCCAUGAGCUGGUGCCUACAGCGGAUCAGUGUCCUACAGAAGAACUGAAAGAAUCUGUACACGUGAAUAAAGCAGACAACCCUCCCAAAGACGGACAGGGAAGAACUAUCGUGUUAGACUCAGAAGAAAACUCGUACCUCCUGGUUGAUGAUGAACAGUUUGUUGUGAAAGCAUUUCGCCUCUUUCAUCGAAUACCCUCCUUUGGAUUUUCAGUUGUGGAGAAGAAACGCCCAGGUAAACUCAAUGCACAGAAACUGAAAGAUCUUGGUGUUCCGCCAGGUCCUGCCUAUGGGAAGCUGAAAAAUGGAAUUUCUGUUGUUCUGGAAAAUGGAGUUACAAUUUCUCCCCAAGAUGUCUUAAAAAAGCCUAUUGUUGGAAGAAAAAUCUGCAUUUUGGGUGACUGUUCUGGGGUUGUGGAUGAUGGAGGAGUGAAGCUGUGCUUUGAAGCAGACCUGUUGAUCCAUGAAGCAACCCUGGAUGACACCCAGAUGGACAAAGCAAAGGAACACGGCCACAGCACGCCACACAUGGCAGCAGCAUUUGCAAAGCUGUGCCAAGCAAAGAGGCUCGUUCUGACUCACUUCAGUCAGAGGUACAAACCAGUUGCCUUGGCCAGAGAAGGAGAAACAGAUGGGAUCGUAGAGCUUAAAAAGCAAGCUGAAUCAGUGUUAGAUCUCCAAGAAGUGACUCUAGCAGAAGAUUUUAUGGUGAUUGGCAUUCCAAUCAAGAAAUGAAGCCAGUGUUCCUGAAUGCAUUCUGGUGUGUCUGUGAAUAUGUUACUGAACGAACAGUCAAGUUUGUUGUUGUCGUCGUCGUUGUCGUUUUGGUCUAAAAUUAUUUGGGUCCUAACAAUCCUAACAAGGAUGGAGCUGCACUGCUGAACUAACUCAGCAUUGAGAAGGGAGCAAGCUUUGUGAUAAUAGAUCACUUUAAAAAGAAUAAAGCCAGAAUCCUUCUUCAAGUCCACACUUGACAAAAUGAUAGACUGUUCAGGUGUACAUGUUUUGUGGCUGCUGCCUCAGAGGGUAGCCAAUAUGCCAUGCAAUCCUGGGCUUAGCUUCUGCCCGGCUUUAUUGCUGUUGUUGGCAAAGCAGUAGCAGGGCUUGGCCCUCCUGGCUAAAAAUGGUAUUUUGGCAUUUUGUGUUGAAUCUGUUCAUGUUAUUAACAGAAUAGAGAGAAAUGUAAUGAGACAUUGGAUGUGAAGGAUUGAAGCUGGCACGUUAAGUCUUGAAUUCUUUGCUUGAAUACUGAGUGCAGAGUCAGGCUAGGUGUUUAUCCUCCAAUUACUAUUUUAUUGAACUUUCCAGUUUGCUUUAAACCUGUGGUUCUCAGUUGGAGGUGAUACUCUCCCUUAGAUGGAGUUUUGAAAUUGUGGGGAUGUCUCUUGUCAAAACUAGGCGGGGUUACUACUGGUAUUUAGUCAGUAGGGGCCAGGAUGCUAGAUCCUACAAAGUUCGGUCAGUCCUAAACAGUGAAGAAUUAUCUCGUCCCAAAAUGCAUAUUGCAGGCCUGUUGAGAUACACAGCAAGUUAAAACUUAUACUCCCACUGUGAAUAUACUUUAUAAAAAUUAGUGACAUACUGAACUGAACUACGAGGUAAGUCAAAUUCUACAACAAAUCCUAAAAAGCUAGCUAAGGGAAUAUGUUGGAAUUGGAACAUCUUAUCCAAUAUUAUUGGUCAUAAAUGAGCUAUGAGCUGGAGCUUAUGAAUCUGGAGGUUAAAAAAUGAUACCUGUCCAACUUGCGUUUACGCUUUCCAAUAAAUAAUUCUUUGAGCACAA